CCCACAGCACAUCAACUCACUCGACUGAAUCUGGAUUUUUUUUUUUCGUUGUUUUUCCUUUUGUACCCAGCCGGCCUGGAAUCCUCAUACUCAUAGAAGCUUGCGCACCAUCUGAUCACUUAUUCGCAUACCCACAGACAGCGUCGGCAGACUAGUGAAGUGAAUGAACCGCAGCCAUGAAGAUCACACAGGUCUACGUCUACCCCAUAAAAGCCCUCCGCCCCAUCCCCCUCCAACACGCCCAACUCACCCCCCAAGGCAUCAAAUAUGAUCGCACCUUCAUGCUGUACCACGUCAAAACCAAACCGGAAGCCGACGAUGGCAGCAGCUCCACCACGUCGACCGAGUUGAAGAAGAUGCAACUCUCUUCCUACCCGCAAUGCGCACUGUUCGAACAGACCAUCCUUUCACGCGAUAACGGGCAGAAGGAAGUUCUCGUGAAAUGGCACGCCCCGUCUCUACCCACCGAGGGUACAGGUAGUGACGGUGGAGAGGAGCUGGGAAAAGAGCUAGAGCAGGCAGAGCGGGAAAAGCUCAAGAGGCUGGAAACGGAGACGAUCACCGUUGAGCUUGAUCCGCCGCCGAGAAUCGACGAGUUGGAGAAGAUGGAGGUAAAUCUGCAUGGGAGCCCGACGACGUGCUACAAGGUUGGGGAGGAGUACGACCGGUGGUUUUCGGAGCGGUUUGGGUUUGAGGUUGUUUUUGUUUAUCUUGGGGAUGGGAAGAGGCAGAUCUUGGGGACGAGUUUACUGCCACCAGCGACGGCCCAGCAACAGCAGCAACCACCCGGAGGAGGAGGAGGAGGAGGAGGGGGAUGGCUCUCCACACUAACAAGUCUAACCUCCUGGUUCCCCACCGUUCCGAUCUCCAUCCAAGCAGAACGCGAAGAAGACCGGAAGCCAAAGCCGUGGAUCACAUUCACCGAUUGCGCCCCCUUGUUGAUCACCUCGGAAUCUUCCCUCUCCAACGUCUCCGCCCGCCUCGCUCCCGACAUGGACUCUCCUUCUUCCGAAUCAACACCUCUGCAAGUCCCAAUGUACAAAAUGCGCCCUAACCUCGUCUUGGACGGUGAAGGGGAGGAGGCGUGGGCAGAAGAUUACUGGGGUGAACUUGUCGUUACCUCGAGUUCCAAUUGCUCGCCGACAAACGGCAACGCCAACGGCAAGACAAAGAUAACAAAAACGAAACUUCACCUCACAGGAAAUUGCGUCCGCUGCACCAGUCUAAACGUCGAUUACGACACGGGCAAGCCGGCCAAAGGGGAGAUGGGGACUGUUCUCAAAAAGCUGAUGAAGGAUCGGAGAGUGGAUUUGGGGAUCAAGUGGAGUCCUGUGUUUGGGAGGUAUGCGUUCGUGGGGGAGAGUGUUGGCGAUGAAGGGGAUGAGCAAGAGCAAGAGGAAGAGCGAGAAGAAAAGGAGCCGGAAGUACGGAUCAGCGUGGGCGAUGAGGUGCAGGUGACGAGGAGGAAUGAGGAGAGGACGGUUAUGGAUUGGCCAUUUUGAAAUGCCCGCUUCUGUCAAGGAGUUGGGGACAUGGAGGCGCGGGAAGAGAUGCGGUGGGUGUUUCUUGAGGUAUACACCAAACAUGCAUUUCGGCCGGGUAGUUUUGAAACCCGACCCAAAAUCCCAUCCAAACUCCAUCCGAGACAUCAACCACAACCACCGCUAUAGCCCAAGACGCCUCAGCAACAAAUCCACCUCCCUCGCCACCAUCUCUGGAUCGUCCUUUUGGAUGAAAUGCCCACAGCCCUUGGCAAUCUUGACUGGCACCACAUUCUCACUAUCAACCGCCGCCAGACGGGUCAACCCCUCGUUGUACCGCUGCCAGGCCGGGUUCAUGUACCCGUUGAUGACAGCUUUGGGGAUGGACAUUGGGCCCUGUAAUUGUGGAGAGGGGGAAGUGGUGUGAGAAGAACUGUUUGGCAGGUAGGUAGAGGGUGGUAGUUUCAUGUUGGACAAUGGGAGGGGAAUGGGAAUGGGAAUGGGAAUGGCGCAGGGAAGGAACAGACCUUUUCGUUAUGCUCUGCAAAGACGUCCCAAUCAUGACCAAUGACUAUUACCCUUGGUAUUCCAAUCCGUUUCCUCGCCCCUUCCCUCGUUGUGCCUUGGUCCUGCCCAUCCACAGGCAAUCUAAGCCUCGGCUUGUCAGAGAACGGAAGUAGACCCCUCAACCCCCUCCGAUCCAACCUCUCCGGAUUUCCCACACUCGGAUGGAACUUCUCUCUAAACUGCUUUCUUGUCCACCUCAGCGCCUCUUCAUCUACCCCUUCUCUCAAAUCCUUUGCAGGAUCAAACCCAGGCGCGUCCGGAUCGGGAAACACGGAAACAAAGUCCGAAUUAGCCAUCAUCGAAUCAAGAAAGAGAUACCCGACUACCCGC